AUGCCUGUUAAUACACGAGAAUUGAUGGAAGCAAUUGCCAUUAUUGCAAAUGAACGUAAUGUGCAAGUGACAAUGAAACAAUCAGCCAAAGGAGCAAUGGUUUGUGCAGCAACUGCUUUUAUAGGAGGAAUUCUGCUUGGACCUGUAGGACUGGCUGCUGGUGGCACAGCGGGCGGAUUGAUGGCUUAUAAAAUGACUGGCGGCACAUUCCGACCCUUGGCUGAUGUGUUACUAAACGAUUUAAAUGAUGCUCAACAGGAGAGAUUAGUGCGACAUGUCAAUAAUGCAGUGGCAGAGUUCGCAAUCUCAGACUUGGCAAUGCUGCUGCCUUUGUUAAUGAACAAUGCAGGUAUUCAGCAGGCAGUUCUAAAUACAGCCAUCAGUUUCGUAACGAAUGAGUUGAAGUGUCAGGUCAUCGAAUGACCUGUGGGCAUUUUAUGGAUUGCCAGGGAUCAUAUUACAUUAUUAAGCACAAUAUUUCUUAAAAGUACUUUGUAUUUAAUAUUGCUUGCGUUUUAUUGCUGUAUUCUAUUUAUAGUCUUCCUUUAUGUCAACAUAUAUUUAAGAUAAAUAAAGGUGUAAAACUAUGGCCAUUAGUGAUAAUAAAUAUGUAUGAA